AUGUGGGUUUUUCUCUUUUCCACCAUCAUGUACAUGUCCUGGCGAUCCCUUUUACGCUCUCAAUCACUGAAACAAUGUCGAGCAUUUACCACAAUGCGAGCUCCCGAUGUCGAGGUGGACAACCUAAUCGUUGGUGCAGGUGUAGUGGGUCUCGCUCUUGGAGAGAGACUUACACGCGAGAGGACAAGUGAGACGACUAUUGUGAUUGACAAGAAUAAACGAUAUGGUGAAGAGACCAGUGCACGCAACAGCGAGGUGAUCCACGCUGGUAUCUAUUAUCCUCCCGAUAGUCUCAAGACACGAUUGUGUAUCCAGGGCAACCGAGAAUUGUACAAAAUGCUCGGCCAAGCACAACUUCCACACAACAAGAUUGGAAAAUUGGUCGUUGCUCAAUCGCCUGAACAAAGUGAAUACCUCGAGAAUCUCCAUCGCAAGGCGAGCAAUUUGGGUGUUGAGACACAAAUGUUGACAGGGGAUCAGGUGAUGGAAAUGGAGCCACACGUCAAAGCUUAUGCAGGGUUAUUAUCACCAUCGACUGGCAUCAUCGAUUCUCAUGCAUACAUGGAUUACUUGCAACAACAAAUCAUUGAAAAUGGAGGCGACGUGGGUUUAGACAUGGCUGUAACCAACAUUGAAUCUGCGGACGACAAGGGAUACCUACUACGCGUUACAUCUUCCUCCUCCUCCAAUGAGGACACUGUGGUGCUGGCACGCCGUGUAUUUAAUGCAGCUGGUUUGCAUGCUGACAAGGUUUCCAACAUGUUGAUUCCCAAUCAAUACAAGUUGUACUAUGCUCGUGGAUGCUAUUAUUCAUACAAUGGACCAAUUCGUGUCAACCAUCUCAUUUAUCCAUGCCCUGCCAAGAACCUUGCCGGCCUUGGAACCCACUUGACAGUUGAUAUGGCCGGGAAAAUCAAGUUUGGUCCUGAUGUCGCCUAUGUUGACAGCCCUUACGAUUACAAUGUCCCAGACGACGAGAACCAAAAACGUGUCUUUGUCGAUGCCGUACAAAGUUUUAUGCCAGCCAUUACUUACGACAAGCUCCAUCCUGACUAUUCUGGAAUCAGACCCAAACUGGCAGGCCCAGGUGAACCUUUUAGAGACUUUGAAAUACGUGAAGAGAAGGAACAUGGCCAUCAUAACUUUUUCACGCUCAUAGGCAUUGAAAGCCCUGGUUUAACAUCGAGUCUUGCAAUUGCUGAUUAUGUUAGUAAUAUGAUUCAGAAAUAA